AACAUAACUUCAAAGCCCAACUCAGUAUGCUCCUCUCUCUCUCUCUCACUCACUCUCUCUCUCUGGCUUCGAACCGUCCUCCCUCACCAUCGAAGGCAUCGAUUGACACAGCAGAAAGGGUUAUGUUGAUCAUCGUCGAUCUAAAAUGGUUCGGUGGUUGUGGAGUAGGACAGGAUGCUCUCGUUUGCUCUAUGGAUGUGAGAUGGGAUUUAAUCGCCAGCAGAAAGCCAGUCUGGUGAAUGUAAGGUUAAAAUGGGUGAAAGAUAGGGUAUUGGAUGCUGUUGUGGCAGGUGAUAGGGAUCUAAGAGCUGCCAGCACUCUUGUUUCCAUAAUAUCUGCGAAUCCUCAUUGUUGCCUCCCAGUUUACCACCUCUCCCACCAAAGAGGGCAACUCAGUCUCCCCCACGAUCUUAAGAUUUCCACUUUUAUGAGGAGAUAUCCCACUAUUUUCGAUGAGUUUCAUGUUCGUGACAGUGGAGGUACUAGAGUUCCCUGGUUCCGCUUGACUCCUAAAGCACUAGAUCUCCAUCAAGAAGAACUCGGUAUCUACCAAAAUUGUGAGAUGGAUCUUCUUGACAGGCUCCGCAAGCUGCUCAUGCUCACCAAAGAUAGAAUUCUUCCUCUACAAACGAUUGACCAGCUGAAAUGGGACAUUGGUUUGCCAUUUGAUUUCCCUCAUUCAUUGAUUCCCCAUCACCCCGAUAUAUUUUCUUUGAUUCACCUACCUGAUAAUCGUGUUGGCUUGAAACUCCUAUCCUGGGAUGUUAACCUUGCUGUGUCUCAAUUGGAAAAGAGUGCUGCUUUGCAGCAAAGGGAAAAAGAUGUUGAAAAUGGCAGCUUAGCAUUUCCAAUUGGAUUCACAAGGGGUUUCGGAUUGAAGAGAAAAUGCAUGGUGUGGUUAGAAGAGUGGCAGAGGCUCCCUUAUACUUCUCCUUAUUCAGAUGCCUCUCACUUAGAUCCACGUACAGAUGUAUCUGAGAAGAGAAUUGUUGGUGUCUUUCAUGAGCUUCUCCACCUCACCAUACAAAAGAAAACAGAGCGCAAGAAUGCGAGCAAUCUCCGUAAACCACUGGUCUUGCCACAGAAGUUCACGAAGGUGUUUGAACGCCAUCCUGGCAUAUUCUACAUUUCUAAGAAGUGUGACACCCAAACUGUUGUUCUUAGGGAAGCUUACGACCGUCAUCAACUAAUCCAGAGACACCCCCUUGUUGACAACAGGGAAAAGUUUGAAAGUAUGAUGAAGGAAGGGUUUCUGGAUAGGAGCAGGGGCUUAUACAAGAGAAACAGAGAUGCUGUUGUUGAGGAGGAUCGAUUUAGGAAUGUUUGUAGUAAUGAACUCAGUGACAAUGGAUUCAAAAAUGAAGGAGAAUCAGAUGAUUCAGAUUGUAAUUUUCUUUCAGAAUAUGAAUCAGAUGAAACCAUAGAUGAUCCUUGCUAAAUUCAGCAGAUGCUUUUAGCAGUUAGCUCAAAUCUUCGCUGCAACGUGAGACAACUAAUGGAAAAGGUAUUCCCUGGUAACCUAAUCCUAUCCUGCCAAAUAUUAAUAGAAUUUGGGAGUAAUCUUUUACAAGAUGAGUUUGUGAUGAUUGUCUUUAGCAUCAUGAGGAAGCAGGAAACAACUUGUUUUGAUGGAGGAGAGAGAACUAGGAGAAGAGAUUUAUUUUAGAAGUACUGCAUCUGAUUUUGAUUGUAUCUCAGAUCUGGUUUUUCUCAUAAAGUUAACCAUUUUAGUUGAAGAACUGAAUCUAUAGAUCAACCGGAAGAUGUUACCAUGAGUCCAUGAAGGAUAUCUAAAUGGACCAAUAAUCUUAAGGAGCUUUGGGAAAACAAGCUGGGAUUAAAUUUAUAGUGAUUCUUAUAUAUGGAAUGACCAUUUGGACUUCACGGUUUUCAUUUUUUAAUGUGUUACAAUAAUUUAGUUUUUCAUUUCUGGCAUUAUGUAUCAGAAGUAUUUGGGCCCCACAUGAGUGCAGCUGUGCUAGAUUGUAUUCAGAAUAUUCAAGCACAGUCUCCACAGUGAAUGGACUUUGAACAUGCUCUGCACCAAGGUCUCUGCUUAACCUUGGCACCAAGGUUCAUCCUUCCUAAGUGCAUGGUCACAGUGGAUGAUUCUGCUUUAAAGACCAUCAAUCAAGUGAGUCUCACCUACUGAAUAGGGGCUGGCUUUGCCAAGGGAUAAUAAGGCCAUAAGGGAGAGGUUGGAUGCUAACGUUGCCUGCCAUGUGGUCCAAUCAUUCUCUAUGAGAUUUUCCUUUUUUUCCUUAUUUUAUACGUAGAAAAGAUCUUCACAUCUAACGAACACUUUGAUCUCUCCUUUAUGCAGGGCUAUUUGGCUGUUAUACACUUAGCUUGACACUUCUGUAAUGUUGGCAUGGAGACGCGAUCAUUUGGAGAGAGAAGAGUUUGCUGAAAUAAUUCAGAAACUUGUGGCUGAGAAAAAGUAAUGUGGGGCUGAGAAGAUAAAGUCCAAUUGGCAGCUUCUGGAAGAGGACAUGGUGGAAUUGAGAACGGCUUUCAAGAUUGGAAGGGUAUGACCAUUGGGAAAGGCUAAACAUAUGACCAUUAUCAUGGAUGACUGCUAUAGUGAAGGUACAAGCAGGUUUAUUCUGUUGGAUUCAGCAUUCCAGUAAACCAGGUCUGGAUCCCCUCAACCCCUCUUUGUGUAUGGAUUCGUCCUGUACUGUUCAUACUUCAUAUUGAGGCUGUUAAUGAAUCGAUCAGACCUACAUUAAAAGGCACCUUGGUCUUUUUGUAGUUUUGCUUUUUAAGAUGACUAAUUGUCCCAAAUUAACUGAACACAGAUUGUAAAUAUUUCCUUUGUUUCAACUUUCAUGGUAAAACAUUCUUUUACAUAAAUCUAGUCUUGUCUAAACACUUCGACCUCAAGGCACUACCUGGAAAAGAGGAUUCUAAAACUCUAAACUCCUUGGACCUCAAGGCAUACUGACACAUACAGUGGGAAACCUAGUUUCUGAGAUCAAGUUUAAGGGCCAUAAAAGCUUGUUUGCUCAAUCUUUUGUUCUUCAUAAAAUGGAGCAGUUCAUGGGCAACUAGAGAUACUAUUAGUUAUUUGCCUUCCAGCAACAAAGGCACUUUGAUCUUCUCUAAUAAUAGAGAUAAGGACUGAUUGGAGCCUAUUGAUAAUUUGAAAUGAUCUUAUAAGACACAUUACUCAAAGAAAUAAGGCAAUAAUAGCCAACAAAAGUUGCAUAUUCUACUUUUUGGAAUUAGAACAAUAUUUGUGUGGCAUAUGAGUAUUCUUCUCCUUCUUCUAAUUGUACUAGUUGCAUGAUUUUUAUUUUUUAUUUUUUGAAUUUCUGUCUCUGAGCUGCAACAACUGAAGUCUGGAUUUUUGCUUCCAAUAAACUUCUUCUUCACUCCAUUAAUUAUGAAGCUCAUUUUCAAGUUGUUUCAUUUUGGUAGCAUCACAAUUGGUGCGUUGUAUCCUCUUUCAAAGAGAAAAGCUGAACUUCCAUUACCUAUAUUUUCUGUCUGGAGUUCCAACUCUGAUUUCUGGCCCACUUGAUCAAUUUAUGCUUCCAACUCUUAGACAUUUUUUGGAGAAUUAAAAUAGAUUAGAAUCAUGAAAUUUGUUGUCCCAAGCUUCCAUGACAAUAAUGACUUAGCAUUUUGCUAGGCUUCUUGUUGAUAGGGGAAGCAUCUAACACCAGAGCAUAGUAGUGAUCGGAUCCAACAGUAGCAUCAUAAUUAUUAGCAUUUGAUGUUGAAACCGCCACUCUUAUUAUUUACAAGUGAAUUAAAUUACAGAAAUUAGUAGCUGUCUCCCCAAACACUAUGCUUUGCUCUUAGGUAAUCCCAUUGUGCAGCACUGUUGGAAUGAUCAAUAGUAGCAUACUUUGGAUUGCAAGAUUGUGUGAUCUAGAUUGCAAUUUUGAUUACUAUGCCCUCUUGUGAGUUUUUACUAGUGCACUAUGGUCCAGAGCAAUAUAUUUAAUUUUCAUGUAGAGGAAAUUUAUUGCAUGAUGAAGAUGUAAAAUCCAUCAUAAACAGAAAAAGACGAAUUUAUUGCACUGUUGUAGACCAAUGUGGAAGGUUUGUUGUAUAUACACAUUUCAUACAUACUUCAGUGAGUACUUGUUGUUCGGUUGAUACACAGCCAAGCACCGUGGAACUUAGUAUAAAGUGGAAAAGAAAUUCUAGAAAAAUAGAUGCGAUCUGUUUUAUCCUUAAAUACAGUUGGAAAUCUUUGCAAAGUUGUAGGUUGAUCAUUUGAAUAUAAUUUAUAAGUGGAUCCUAACAUAAUCUGCAUGCUUAAUGUUCUCCUGCUAUAUCCAUUGCAAUCUUGACUUUCCUAACUUUAAAUAUUGGAGUACAUUGAAGUGGUAUCUCACUUCCAAACCAAUUUUUUUCAUCUAACAGGGGUAUGUUGAUCAUCAUGUAAAAUGGUUUGGUGGUUGUGGAGUAGGGCAGGAUGCUCUCAUUUUCUGUAUUGAUGUGAUAUGGGAUUCAAUUGCCAGCAGGAAGCCAUUCAGCUCUUGCUCUUCUAGAUUUAAUCUUAUGUUAAAAUGGGGUGAAAGAUAGGGAAUUGGAUGCCAUUCUGGCAGGUGAUAGGGAUCUAAGAACUGCCAGCAUCCUUGUUUCCAUAAUAUCCUCAAAUCUUCGUUGUUGUCUCCCAGUUUACCACCUCUCCCACCAAAGAUCUUAAGGUUUCCACCUUUAUGAGGAGAUAUCCCACAAAUUUUGAUGAAUUUCAUAUUCUUGACAGUGGAGGCACUAGUGGUCCCUGGUUCCACUUGACUCCUAAAGCACUAGAUCCCCAUCAAGAAGAACUCGGUAUUUGGUUCCACUUGACUCCUAAUCGAUGAAUUUCAUGUUCUUGAUUGUGAGAUGGAUCUUCGCAAGCUGCUCGUGCUCACCAAAGAUGGGACUCUUCCUCUACAUACAAUUGACGAGCUAAAUUGGGUCAUUGGUUUGCCAUUUGAUUACCCUCAUUCCUUGAUUCCCCAUCACUCAGAUUGUUUUUCUUUGGUUCGCCUACCUGAUCAUGUUGGCUUGAAACUCCUAUCCUGGCUGGCUUUGCCACAGACGUUCACAAAGGUGUUUGAACGCCAUCCUGGCAUAUUCUACAUUUCUAAGAAGCGUUACACCCAAACUGUCAUCAACUAAACCAGAAAUACCCCCUUGUUGACAACAGGGAAAAGUUUGCAAGUAUGAUGAAGGAAGGGUUCUGGAUAGGAGCAGGGGCUUAUGCAAGAGAAACAGAGAUUCUGUUGUUGAGGAGUAUUGAUUAAGGAUGUUUGUAGUAAUGAACUCAAUGACAAUAGGUUCAAAAAUGGAGAAUCAGAUGAUUCAGAUUGUAAUCUGCUUUCAGAGUAUGAAUCAGAUUAUUCAGAUUGCUAAAUUCGGCUGAUACUGUUAGCAGUUAGCCUUCAUGGAAAGUUUUGAAACCACAUAGUGCAUCAGCGGCAUUUACCAUAUUUGUAGUACAAUAUCAUUCAUUCAAUUUGAUGCUGCACCUCAUUAAAUAUUAUAUCAUCCAUGGGCAUGUUAUAUAUGCAAUUAUGCAUUUUGAGUUCAAUUGAAAUGAUUCCUACUCUGCACACCAAGUUUGAGCAUCCAUUUCGUAUAAUCUUCUACUCGAAUUGAACUUUCAGUGAGAUAUCUAAAUGAUAUGUGUAGGAUUAGCUGCUGGUGGUAAAAGCUAAGGAUUACCUGCUACAUAAACGUGAAAGGUGAUCCAAGAACUCAAAUCUCCGUUGCAACGUCAAACAACUAAUGGAAAAGUUACUUGAGAAGAAGGAAAAAAUCCAGGUUGUGACAAUAUCUGGAUAACAGGUCUCUGCUAAACCUUGGCACCAAGGUUCAUCCUUCCUAAGUGCAUGGUCACGGACUCACGGUGGAUGAUUCUGCUUUAAAGACACCGUCAAUUGUGUCUCACCUAUUGAACAGGGUCUGGCUUUGCCAAGGGAUAAUAGGGCCAUACGAGAGAGGUUGGAUGCUAACAUUGUCUACCAUAUGGUCCAAUCAUUCUCUUGCUAUUUGACUACAUUAUACAAUUAGCUUGACAGUUCUGUAAUGUUGGCAUAGAGACGUGAUCAUUUGGAGAGGGACGAGUUUGCUGAACUACAUAAUUCGGGAACUCAUGGCUGAGAAAAAGUAAUAUGGUGAUGAGAAGACAAAGUCCGAUCAGUUGCCACUGGCAUGGAUGACUGCUAUAUUGAUGGUGCAAGCAGGUUUAUUCUGUCGGAUUCAGCUUUCCAGUAAACCAGGUCUGGAUCCCCUCAACCCCUCUUCCUGCAGAGGGCCAACAGAUUGAAGAUGAGGCUGGCAAAGUGCAAGUUUGUAUGUAUUCGUGCUGUUACUGUUCAAAGCAAGGCUGCUACUGAAUCAAUCAGAUCAACAUUACAAGGCACCUUGGGUUUUUGUAAUUUUGAUUUUUAAGAUGAUUAAUUGUCCCAAAUUAACUGAACACAGAUUGUAAAUAUUUCCUUUGUUUCAACUUUCAGGGUAAAACUUUCUUUUACAUAAAUCUAGUCUUUUGUCUAAAA